UAGAGUGAAAGUCAUAACAAAAGUUAAAAGUUUCGGUUUAAAAAAAAAAAAUAAGAAUGCCAAUAACACUUUUUCACGUUCACGGCAUAAUUGAGGGCGUUUUGUGUUUAUUUUUAUCCUUGAUAAUGAUUCUAUUUCAAGCUGAGAUGAUCAAAUAUGUUCCAGAAAAUAACAUCCACCCGCACAUAGCAUUAAUUUUGGCUGCAGUUAUUUUAUCGGCAACAUCAGGCCUUAUGAUUAUUGGCAUAAUAAAGAAACGUCCACUCUUCCUACUGCCCUGGAUUAUUUUCAUGAUUUUGGUAUCAGCAGUUCAUAUUAUUUUCCUGAUCAUAGCCUGUAUGCAAUUGUUUUCUUUCCACUACAAGGGAUGGAUUAUAUUUCUAAUUGUGACAGGUUUUAAUAUCAAAAUUAUUUUCCCUGUGAUUGGUAUCUAUUUGGAGCUGCGCGACGAGGGCGGCAAUAAAUUGGAUGCAAUCAGUGUUGAAUGAUGAAUAAUUAAAUGAAAUAUUUAAUUUUUAAAUUGUAACAUUACACUGUGCGAAAAAUUCAAUUAUCAAUAUUUUCAUAGAAAAUUAAAGAGAUUAUGAAAGUGGAGCUAAAA